AUGCCUCCCAAGAAAGACACAACCAACCUUAACCCCAAAGACCUCGAUGAGUCCAUUCAACACACCAACCUCCGGAUUGAUGAGCUCAUCCUUGCAAAUCGCAACGUUGAAUCUACCAUCGAUUUCAACAACGAGAAUAUGCACCAACAGCUAAAGGAGCUAGACAACAGUUUCAAUGACCGCAUGAAGGUUGGAUUUUUGGAACUCGGCAGCCUUAUGACACAGCAACUAAAUCAGCAGUUUGCAGCCCUUUCAACUGUUGCAUCACCUUCCAGAUCUGCAACACCAAGUAUUGACAGCUCUCUUUUACAGCCAACUAGUUCAGAGAAUGUUGUUAUCAACACCUCUUUUCCCUUGCUACAUGUUCCUUUACCACUUAGCCAACCUCAAAACCUAACUACUACUCCAAACAUGACUAACUCCACUCCCAUUCCAACCCACUUUCUCAACGAUACAACUUUCAACUCCAACCAACCCUCCACCUUACUCCAUUCCUCAACCGCAACCCACUAUCAGACCUUCACCUUCAACCUUCUCAAAUUUCCAACCAACACCCUACCUACAGCACUUUCCCCAACAAAACCAGCCUUAUCCCCCAUUUUUGAACCAACCAACUUACCAUCACCAUACUCCACGAAACCCAAAAAUUGA